GGGACGAAGCGGGAAACGCGAGAGCCGCUGUCACGUGGUGUCGAACGUCUCAAACGGUCCGCAGGGAGAGAGCGGCCCAAACACCGGCGGCGCGGAGACCCGAGUAUUUUACCACAUGGUUGAGAGAUGAACAAUCAGCAGCGUAAUCUCCCUGACUGGAUGGGAUCAGAAGAAGGGAGAAGAGGGGACGGACAGAAGAAGGAUUUGUACCUGAAGAAGAAUAUUCUGGAGGACACGCUUCCCUUCCUGGAGUUUCCUGGGUCCAUUGUGUGCAGCUAUGAAGCUAAUGACUGUUCUUUUUUGUCAGAAGACAUGAGACUUUGCUUACCGGAAGGAUCAGCUGUUGGGUUUGACAUAGAAUGGCCUCCAUCAUACAUGAAAGGAAAGGCGGGGAAAGUUGCCCUUGUUCAGUUGUGUCCUUCAGAGAAGAAGUGCUACCUUUUCCAUGUCUCCUCUAUGUCAGGUUUUCCAAGUGGGCUGAAAAGAUUACUGCAAGAUGAAGCGAUUAAAAAAGUUGGUGUUGGAAUUGAAUGCGAUCAGUGGAAACUGAUGAGCGACUGUGACGUUAAACUCAAAGGCUUUGUUGAACUCACUGAUAUGGCUAAUAAAAAGCUGCAGUGUGCAGAGAAGUGGAGUCUAAAUGGGCUGGUGAAGCAUCUGUUCAAGAAGCGGAUGUGUAAGGAUGACGCUGUGCGCUGCAGCGGUUGGGAUCAGUUUCCACUCAGUGAUGAGCAGCAGCACUACGCAGCGAUCGAUGCUUAUGCUGGCCUUUUAAUUUACCAAAAGUUGAACAGUGUGGAUGUUAGCGGAGGCAAACUGUUUGGCGGUGAAAAUGAUCAGAAUCUGCUCCCGUCCAUGUUGAGAACUAACCUGAAAGCCAUUGCCUGUCAGAUGCAGAAACUGGCAGAUCUGGUUCCAGACACCUGUGUUAGCGGAGCGCAAAGAGUUACGGAUGUCUUGAAUGACAUUUCUGAAAGGGUUUCUGAUUUACGAAACCUGUUGCUUGAAUCAACACUCAGGACCUGCAGGGAGCCAGGAAAUGAAGUGGAACCCGAGGUGAAACAGGACUACAAAGAUGAAAAUACUUUGUCCAAAGAUAGUUUGGGAAACAACCACAAAGGAAGUGGGAGUUGGAAAGAAUGGGAUGAAGAAAGUACCUUGGCCAAUUCACCAUCUAAUCAUGAGGAGACUGAGAUACCACACUCAAAAUCUCUGGAGAGCAUCUUCAGUGCUAGUGGUGUACGGGCAGAACCCACUCCCAAUAAGGAUAACAUAAUGUCUUUAGAAAUAACUGAAUACGAGCUUCAGAUGUUAGAACGUCAAGCAGAAGAAGAAGAUGCCAUGGAAAAUGCUAUUCUUUCUUCGCCCAUCAAGGCAAGAGUACAGCAAGAAACAGAUGUCUCGUAUUUGAUUGAAAGUGACGAGGAGCUGGAGAGUGAGAUGCUCAAGUACUUUCAGGAUCUGUGCCCUGAAGCUGAGACUAAAGCUCCUCUCAAGAAUACGUCUGAUUCAUUGGAGGAGUUUGGUGAUGAUGAAGAGAUAAAGGAAGAAGAAGACAAAUGGGAUCUCUCAAUACCUGAACCAAAUGCAAAACUGAUCAAGUGCCUGAAGACUUAUUUUGGACAUUGCAAUUUUAAACCGGUUCAGUGGAAGGUUAUCUUUUCAGUUCUACAGGAGAGAAAAGAUAAUCUGGUUGUCAUGGCAACUGGUUAUGGCAAAAGCUUAUGUUAUCAGUUCCCACCUGUGUAUGUAGGAGGUAUUGCGAUCGUGAUCUCGCCCCUCAUCUCUUUGAUGGAGGACCAAGUCCUUCAGCUCAAGAUGUCCAACAUUGAAGCUUGUUUCCUUGGCUCUUCACAGUCUGAAAAUGUUUACGCUGACCUGAAAAUGGGUCAAUACAAAGUCGUUUACAUGACUCCUGAAUUCUGUUCAGUGUCGACUUUGCUGCUCAAGGAAUUGAAUGACAAAGUUGGUAUUACGCUUGUUGCUGUGGACGAAGCUCACUGUAUUGCUGAGUGGGGACAUGAUUUCAGAAACUCCUACAGAAAGUUAGGAAUUUUAAAAAGUAUUCUGCCUAAGGUUCCUUUCGUGGCCUUGACCGCCACGGCCAGCCCUUCGAUCAGGCGUGACAUUGCAGAGAGUCUUAACCUGAACCAGCCACAGAUCACCUGCACCAGCUUCGACCGACCCAACUUGUACUUGGAAGUUAUGCGUAAAUCUGCAAAUAUUCAACAAGAUUUAAAGCUGUUCUUAAUUAAAAACAAACAGUCCUCCUUUGAGUUCGAAGGCUCCACCAUAAUCUACUGCCCCUCCAGGAAGAUGACAGAACAAGUGACUGCCGAGUUAUACAACCUGAAUGUUUCAUGUGACAGAUACCAUGCCGGCAUGGGCAUCAAAGCCAGGAGAGAGGUGCAUCAUAAGUUCAUGAGGGACGAAAUUCAGUGCAUAGUUGCUACAGUUGCUUUUGGUAUGGGGAUCAACAAACCUGACAUUCGAAAUGUCAUUCAUUAUGGAGCCCCCAAGGAAAUGGAAUCGUACUACCAGGAAAUUGGCCGGGCUGGGCGAGACGGAUUGCCGAGUACUUGUUAUGUCUUGUGGUCCCCUGGGGACAUGGUGUUAAACAGACACCUGCUGAGUGAAAUUCAUAACCCAAAGUUUCGAGAGUACAAAAUGAAAUUGAUGGCAAACAUAGAACAAUACCUCACGUCAUUCAAGUGCAGAAGAACAAUGAUCUUGUCUCACUUUGAAGACAAACAACUUCGCAAGGUGACUCUUGGUAUCUUGGGGACUGAAAGAUGCUGUGACAAUUGUAGAUUAAGGGCAAACAGCUGUGGCCUCGCAGAUGAUCCACAAGAUGAACUGCAAGAUUUUGGGAAGGAAGCGAGACAGCUGUUGAGUGCAGUAAGUGCAUUGGGGGAGAAAUGUGGCCUCGGAGUUCCCGUCCUGCUGCUGAGAGGAUCUCACUCUCAGCGCUUACCAAUCUGGAAUCGUAAAAGUCCUCUCUUCGGCAUUGGAAAGGACCGCUCUGAGACAUGGUGGAAGGCCUUGGGCCGGCAGCUGAUCUUUCAGGGGUUUCUGCAGGAAGAUUCGAUGGCAAGGAACAAAUUUGCUGUGUUGUGCCACUUGUCUGCUAAGGGAAGAACAUGGUUAACUAAAGCCACGAAAGAGUCUCAUGCUCAGCUUUUACUUCAACCCACCAGAGAACUGUUCCUGCACUCCCCACCCAAGGCUGCCUCCAGUUACGUUCAAUCUCCAACUUCAUCUGUAAGAAGUUCCCCACUUGCUGCCUCAGCCAAGGAACAGGAGUUUCAGAGGAAAUCAUUGUACCAAAGGUUUGCCAGACAGAAGGAAAAAGAGACGGAGAAUCUGUUUGUGGAGUUGGACACUAAAAGUCAUUUCUUUCCUUCACCUGCAUCGGGCACACUGGAGAAAUCUGUACCUUCGAUGGUCGCUGUAUCAUCCAGGGAAUUGGAGCUACAGGGGAAAUUGUAUGCCAAAUUGUUGACAGCAAGGCAGAAAAUUGCCAGCGAGAAGGAUGUUCCUCCAGCCAUGUUGGCCACAAACAAGAUACUACUAGAGUUUGCCAAGAUAAGGCCAACCACUGCUGACAACCUGAAAAGAGUGGACGGUGUACCUGAAGCAAAAUCUAGUGUGUUGGCUCCUCUAUUGGUUAUCAUCAAGGGGUUUUGUGAGGCCAAUGAGCUUGAGGCGGAUAUGUUUUCUCUCUCGAACCAAACUGCACAGCAAAAGACAACAUGCAGACAAAGCUCUGGCAAUAACUUGCUACCCGUGCUAGUCCAUCUUGUCAACCACUCCACACCAGCGUCUGGUUACCCUGUAGAUGUGAAGCAAGCUGGUCUUGCUUGUCCGGUUCAGGAAUCGAGGGUCAGCACUGUUCCCAAUCCUCUGCUUAACUCAGAUAUUAACAGCAUGAACGUUGUUGACAAAUGGAAAGCAAGCGAGGAAGGGGGAGAGCAGCAGAGCUGUAGCACAAAGCUACAGCUUCCCCAACAAAUGCCUUCACUGUCCACAAGUGCACAGGAGCCACAGGAAAGUGAACCAGGCACAAAGGAGGAAGAACCUGACUGGAUUGAAAAAACUGGCAGUGCACCUACUGCUGAAAGCAGCCAUAAAGGUCACCCCCACAGAUCCGCUCUCGAUCUAGCAUCCUGGAACCAAUUAGCUGAUGCUUCUACACAAGAUCUAUUUGAUGAUUCGCAGACAGAGACCUGCAGUCAAUCAGGAAAGAGGAAGCUCCCAAACUGGUUUGCCUCUUGCAACAAACAACAGAGCUCCAGCUUUACCAGCAAGAAAGUGAAAAAGCAGAAAGGACUUUUCAAUUAAACCACAAGUUAUUUACGCAGACAUUGUCUACCACUGCAGAAAAUAGUUGAUUUAUACAGCACCAUGCGAAUGGAACGGUUUGGGCCACCGCUCGGGUUAUAUACUGUGAGCCCUAAUUCUCCUGGAGGAACAUCACAUCCAGGUAGAUGAAAAGUCGUAGAAGAUGUCAUAAAUACUGUGCAAUAUACGGAGCUUGGAGCUAAUGUCAGUUUAAUUCUGUGAAUUAUGCUCAUAUUCUUCUGGACGGCUAUUUUAUCAAUGAUUUAUUUCAAAGACUUUUUGAUACAAAUGUGGAAAUAUUCACAGAUUCUUUUCUCUUGUUUCCAUAUUCUGCAGCAAAUUGUUGUCCUUUACCUUGUGCAAUAAUGAUAAGGAAUAUGAUUUGUUUUCUUUGCACUUCUGAACAUUUUGAUUGUUGCUCCAUGGAUUAUUUUACUUAUUUGCUUUGAAAAUGUUAAAAUGAUUUAAUACAAUGAUAUUAAUAAAAUAUCACUGAA